CCUUGCGGUUCAUACCAUUCCUUGGUCUCCUGGUCUGAGCUGCUAUUUCCACUAAACUAUCCAAGAUGUUUGAGCCUUUCUUGGGAACCUGGAAACUUGUCUCUAGUGAAAACUUUGAUGACUACAUGAAAGAACUGGGAGUGAGUUUUGCAGCCAGGAAUGUUGGAGGAUUAGCCAAGCCCAGUGUUACUAUCAGCGCUAAUGGAGAGGUGUUGACCAUUAAAACUGAGAGCACAUUCAAAACCACAGAGAUUUCCUUCAAACUGGGUGAAGAGUUUGAUGAAAUCACAGCAGAUAACCGGAAAGUGAAGAGCAUCAUAACCUUGGAAAAUGGCUCCCUGGUCCAGGUGCAGAAGUGGUACGGCAAGGAGACAACAAUCAAAAGACAAAUUGCAGAUGGGAAAAUGGUGGUGGUAUGUACUAUGAAUAAUGUUGUGAGUACUAGAAUCUAUGAGAAAGUAUGAAGAAAUUCAAGAAAAAACGCAUCCUGAAUUUGGAAAAAAAGAAGCAUCUAUUACACAGCAAUAAGAAUAUGAUUACUCAAUAUUAAUUUAAUCAAUAAACAAUAUCCAAAUAGAGUAUGAU